UAUUUUUGUUAUUGAUCCCUUUUACAGAUGGUUGAGAAUAAGAUUUGUUACAUGCUUUCAAUGUGAAAUCUUCUACUAAUUUGUAAGUUUCCAAGUAUACAUGCUUUCAAAGGACUUGGUGAUGGUUCAUAAAAUGGGAUAUAAUUUACUCGUUGAAUUUGCAUAUUUUCUCUUAUGCUUUGUCUAUUGGAAAGCAUUAUUGUGUGUUGGCAUUUCUGCAAAAAAUUGCAGUAGAAAUUUAGCAAACCUUUGAAUGCAACCAAAAAAUGAAUCUGACAAUUAUAUAUAUGUGACCAUGAAUGCACAUACAGUAUUUAGGAUUGCUCAUACAUAUAUAUAUAUAUAUAUUUCUUUUUUUGUGUUCGGCAGCAUUUAGCUUUCUUUCUUAUUACUUAUGGCACAAACAGAGCCAGGAAACCUGUGUUGAGACAGUUAUGGUUCAAGUGUGCUUGAAAUAUCCAGAAGGUUAUGUGCCAAAUGUCAGAUGCGCCAACACAGUGGGUCCUAAAGUUUGGAGGAUUUCAAAGAGGCUCAAGUUCAUUUCUACCGUCGAGCCUAAACCGGAAGGUUGUCUAGGUUUUUGUUACUUUGUACUCAUGUAUCCUUAAUGGAAUUGAUAUAUAUAUGGAGCUUGAAAAUCUGAAUGGAGGACUAGUGGAGUAUGUGCUUGCACAAUGGAAUCAUGAGGAAAAUUUAUUGCUACACCAGAGCUCUCACCAAGUGUAAACUACCAAUGCAUGAGGAAGAGAAAAUAGCAGAUUACAUGAACACAUUGAUGGGUGGAAGCUUAGUAAGAAUGAUAACCAAAAGGUCGUAUUUUUAAGGUCUAUGGCAAAGAACUUCACCAAAUCCUUCAAUCAACUUGGAAAAAGGCUUUGAGAAUUGUGAUAUUGGUACUUGCGGCAAUGGAGGCAGCACCCACACUGGACAUGCCUACAAGCACAUGGCUAAUGUAAACUUAAAAUAGCAUGUCAGGUCUUUUUGAAAAAACUUUAGUUUUAUGAACAUAUACUGAAUUAUGCGGUUAAACCUUUUUUUUUUAAUCAGCGAGUUGUGUAGUUAACUGUUGCAUACAUGUAGAUACGAAAUUAUAAAUAUAGAAAGUGAUCUUAA